AAAUACCACUUCCGCGCCCUGUUUCCUCUUCAUUCGAACCCUAGUUUUCGUGUAAAGAGUGGAAGCUGGCUCCGUCUCUAAACCCUAGAUCUCCUUUAGAAGAGAUAUCUCCAAACCUUAGUUUGCCCAUUAAUGGCGACCGCGAUCUUGCGCUCUCACGACUGUCUAAAGAAUCGCCUUCCCGCUUCCAUGGGUUUGUACGCUCAGUCGCAGCCGGAUUCCGGCCAAGUCCCGGGAAAUCGAUCAAUUGGUUUCCGGAAAAGGAGUUCUCAGUCGGGAUUUCGCCAGAACCAUGGGCGAACGACCAGAAGACCUGCCAAGGACCUCCCUGCUGGCCCUGUGACGAUCUUGAAAAGGGGCCAAGAAUACAAGCCCGGAGCCAUGGUUAACACAAGUGGUGCUGUGGGUUCAGAUGUAGCAGAGGUUAGGGUUUCAAAGGGGAGCCAGUAUGUUUUGGAGAAGAGGGCAUUGAAGGAGGGUGAAACUGUUCGGAAAGUAUCCAGUGUUAAUGGAGGUUUUGCACCUGUUUCAGAAGUUAACCUAUCGAAGAAAGGUAGAGAAGCUGCAGAAAGAGGGUUUCCUAUUUCAGAAGUUAAUAUUUCAAAGAAAGGUAGGGAACCUGCAGAAAGAGGGUUUUCCAAGAUGGAUGUGGUGAGUGAUGAGAGGUUGGGGCCUGAUCCAGCCCUUGUGCCAAAACAACUAGGGUUUUCAGGGUCUACUAUUGUUGAGAAGUUUGCUGGGCCUGUGUGCUUUUCUUCUCCAUCUCCGAGCUCUCUUCCGAUGCCUGGUUUUUCAAGGAAGGAGCAGAUGCCGACAGACUGUGCAACAAAAGACUUGCGUCGUCUUCUGGGCAUCAAUCUCUAAGUAAUAUUCUUCUAGGGUUUAUUACUGGUUCUUACUAGGUUUCUUCAAUUCUUUUUCUCUCGGUGGCUCCUCUUUUGGGUCUUUUUCUCUAUUUUUUCAAAAGGAAAAGACAGAAAGGAGGGGAUUGUGGUGAAACUUGGUUGGGGGACUCUUUAAGCGAUGGUAAGAUGCCCAAUGAAAUAAAGAAGAAGACAAUAUGGUGUUGAUUAGUAAAUUGGGUAAAUAGUUGGGUAUAGUCUCUUGUUUUUAGGGUCUUGUGUUCUGUGUACAGGGGGAUAGGAAUUUGGUAAAUGGUAUAGGUUUGGGGAGUUUACAAGUUGAUGUUGAUGGUGUUGAUUAGUGAAUUGGGUAAAUAGUUGGGUAUAGUCUCUUGUUUUUAGGUUCUCGUGUUCUGUGUGUAGGGGGACAGGAAUUUGGUAAAUGGUAUAGGUUUGGGGAGUUUACAAGUUGAUGUUGAUGUAAGUCGGUUGAUGACCUUUAAUGAAAGUUUAGUGUUUGUAAAUAGUAUAGGUUUCUAGGGUUUACAGUUUGAUGCUGAUGAUGUAAGCUGGUGUUGAUGUAAGAUGGAUAUGAUCGUCCACUUUGGUAAAUAAAGUUUAUUGUUUCUUCUUGGUAA